AUGACGGUUAGUGACUUGUUUAUGGCAAUUAUCUUAUUAAUUCAGAUGGGAGUUGGGUUUCUUGGGAAUUCCUUCCUCCUUUGCCUUUAUGCCUUCACUUUCCUCACUGGCCACAUGCUGAGGCCAAUAGACUCUAUUUUUGUUCACUUAUUCUUGGCUAACUCUAUAGCACUUUUACUGAAGGGAAUACUUCAGCUGCUUGUCAGUUUUGGUUUGAAAAACUUCCUGGACAUUUUUGAGUGUAAAUUUGUCCUUUACAUUCACAGAGUGGCCCGGAGUGUUUCCCUCAGCAUUACAUGUCUCAUCAGUGGCUUUCAGCUAAUCAUCAUUAGUCCCAGUAACUCUAAAUGGUCAGAAUUCAAAGCCAAAGUCCCAAAGUUCAUUGUCCCCUCCUGUCUCCUCUGCUGGUGCUUUUACCUCUUGAUAAAUUUCAUUUUUAUGGGUACUAUAAAUAAUUCAACAUACAUGAAUAACAACACAAGGGUGUGGUAUCUGGGAUAUUGUUCAGUUAUAUCUCCUACCUCAUUUUAUGCCACGCUAUAUGCAAUUCUUUUCUCUGUUCCUGAUUUUAUAUGUGUGGGAUUUAUGAUCUGUGCCAGUGCCUACCUGAUGAUUCUCCUGCACAGACACCAUCAGCAAAUACGACAUAUUCACAGUCCUCAUCUGUCUCCUAGAACUUUCCCUGAAAUAAGAGCCACCCAUACCAUUCUCUUACUAGUAUGCACAUAUGUAUCCUUUUAUUCAGCUAAUUCUACUUUGUCACUUUCUGUCUUUCAACAUGAUAAUUAUUACCCAUGUGUCAUGACUAUCACCCAUUUCAUGGCUGCAUGUUUCCCAACCAUCAGUCCUUUCGUGGUGAUUGCCUGUGACUCCCAAAUCCUCAGACUUUGGGGCGCUCUAUGGCAUAGGAAAAGUUCCAAACACCAUCCUGUCCCCAAAUAUAUCCACAUUCAACAUCUUGUUCUCAAAUUCUGA